AUGUCCCCCGCGAAGGGAGCACGAGGUUCUGCAUGCGUCUCUCAACCGUUCGGAAAACGUGAUGACUGCGGAUCAAUCUUGGAGAUGCAGAAGCGCUCCAUCGGCAAAUCAUAG